AUGGACCAGAGCCAGUCCACCCUAUUGCCAACUACCGUGCGUUGGAUUCCGGACGCCGAGGUAAGCGUGUGCUACGGCUGCCAAUUGCUCUUUGAUUGGCUACGCCGCAAGCAUCAUUGCCGUUAUUGCGGCCGCGUAUUCUGUGAGCUUUGUACUUCACAACGCAGCCUUAUCCCUAAAGACCAAAUUCUUAGUAAUCCUGAACGCAAAUACUUGGCUGUAAACGCGCACAAUCCGCACCGUGUGUGCGAUGACUGUUACGCGCGACUUGAACGGGAGCAAGAGGAGCUACUCAAGACAAUGAGCCACGCUGUUCAAGAAACGGAGGUGAAAGAGUCUGGGCCUCACAGAAUUAUAAACAGUCCCUACUCAUUCACGCUGCAAGAGGAAAUUCGUAAGGCCACGUAUAGCGUCAAGAACUUUACACCGCAAGGAAUGGUGAAGGAAUACUCGAUUCCAUUACCAUUACUUACCCAUGCAAAGGGAAUCGCUUUCUUAACAGUAAUCAAAAUAGGGUUUGUAUUUACGGGACGCAUUGGAACGGGUCUUGUGGUGGCUAGACUUUCUGACGGGAGGUGGUCUGCACCGUCGGCAAUCGGUACAGCCGGUGUGGGCUGGGGGCCGCAGAUAGGAGGAGAACUUACAGACUUCGUGAUUAUUUUAAACACGCAACAAGCUGUUGACGCGUUUUGCGCUUCUGGACAAGUAAAUCUUGGGGCAGAAUUAGGUAUUGCGGCUGGGCCUGUCGGACGUGUGGCUUCUGGAGCGCUUGAGGCGAGUGCCUCAAUGGAUGUAGCGCCUUGUUAUUCCUACUCGCACUCUCAGGGUCUUUUUGCGGGUAUUUCGCUUGAGGGGUCAGUCAUCCUUUCAAGGCCCGACAUCAAUCGCUUGUUUUAUGGCAAAAUGGUGACCGUCCCUGAUCUAUUAGGGGGCGUAGAGCCGCCGCCACGGGCGGCGGCUCCUUUGUACGAAACAAUUAAUGCGGUGAUUGAAAGACCGACUAACGGAGCCAAUCGCAUUGCACACACCUCGCCGUUCUCUUCCUGA